GCGCUUUUGAGGGGAGGUGGAAGCAAGGGUGGGGCUGUAGGUUUAUAACGACACGGUUGAUUGGUACCGAUGUGGGUGGCACGUGAACAGUGAAUGGAUGGUACCAUACAGGGGGAAAGGGUCCGGGUGCAAGUGCAUAGUGCCAUGAGUGGAUGGCAUCAUAAUGGUAAGCGUUUUUGCUUGUAUGUCUGAAAAUGGGAUGAGUGCGGGCGAUAUGUAUCCCUCUUUUGUGAUAAACCUCUACAUAUAGAUAUGUAUAUGUAUGCAUAACAUUAUGUGUCAAAGACCGGAAGGAUGCAACAGACGAGUGAGACGAUCGAGAAAGAAGUGACAGGAGGAGAGCUGGAGAGUAUGGCGAUGGAAGAGGAUUAUCUUUAUGAAAGUAUGGAUCCUACCAGCGGCUCACAGAUUGAACGAGGUCAAACAACCGGUGAUGACGCUUAUAGUGAUGGACCACCUGUUUGUGAAGUUUAUGAAACGAUCGAUGAAAGCAGUGGUAUCAACCCUUCAUUAGAGAGCAGUGCGGGGUCGUAUGAUGCAUAUCGUCCUGGAUCGUCGUUCACUACUCGCGCAACUCUUCCUCCACAUGCUAAAGUGAUGAUGUUGAUGAAACCGAACACGCCAGGAGAAAAACCAAGGCUGGUGAAACUGGAACCUGUGGAAAAUCCCUCGAAACCUGAUUUUCGAUUUGCUUUUGAGACGUUGCGAAAAUGUGUGAAGAAAAGCACUCCACUGCAGGUCCCACGCACUCGCAAACGACGAAUUAUUCAGCCCGUAGUGAAGAAGAAUAAGAACACUGUCAGUCUUACUGAAUCCAGACAACUGACUGCACGGUGCGGACGGAAGGAUCUGAAAUCCGAACCUACUAGUGAUGAUGAAAGUAUUGGGAGUGAACGAAAUAGAAGGCCUAGACGUGCUCACAAGGCUCCACAGCGAUACGGAGAUUAUAUCGAUGAAACGAAUCGGGAUGCUGCGCGCCUAAAUCUCUCCGACAUUUCGAGUUUUGAACCAGAAACCAAAGAGUCAGGGGAAGGAGAAAGACCACGAAGAAGCCAUUCAGCUAGCAUGCGAAAGAGGAGUUUCGAUGGGAAUUUAUCUGAAGGGCAAGAAGAAACGAACGAGGAAGGUGAAGAUGAUAACGAAAAUGAGUUUUUCGAGGACGAAGAGAUGGUCGAUGUAGAAGGGCGGGAAGAAGAAGAAAGACUGAAUGAAACUGUCGAUGAAAGUAUAAAGAAGGAUGGAAAUCAGAAAUCUGCAAGUGGACAAAAAAGAAAGUUGCAGUGCGAUCGUUGUAAUCGUUACUUCGCGAAUCAUAAUAGCAUGAAUGCUCAUCGUUUCAAAGUACACCGAGUUGUUAUACGUGCUUCCGUUAAAUGUCCCGGUUGUGAGCAUCGUGCCACAACAAUCCAUACAUUGAAUGAACAUGUGGCUGACGAACACGGUAUCAAACUACAGUACGUUAAAAGAAAAUUCAAAAACACUGGGGAAUUUCAGAAUUAUUUGGACGAUUUAGCCGUUACUCGAAACAUGGGAUUUGUUUUGCACAGGAAGUCGGAAAAUAAGCGACAGUUAUACUGCAAUCGUUCUGGAGCGAUAAGAGUGAGCAAAGGAGGUUCGUUGCGUAAUCGUCCUCGAAAAGGUACUGCGAAAAUUGGUGCAAUGUGCCCUGCUCACUUGUUUUACACAGAAUGUGACGAUGGGUCUAUUGAAGUCAAUGGACAGUUAACUCAUUUUGGUCACGCAUUAGACCCUAGGUUCGUUUUCCCAGCUACCAGUUCUGAGAAAGUAUCGGCACGUGUUAGGCUUACACAUCCUAAAAGAGGUUUGCUGCACAGAAGUGUCCCAGUAGAUCUACAGGAUCAAAGUAAAAGCGCAGGAAGCGAUGAUGGUAGUUUUGUCAAUGUUGAUAAUGAUAAUACGAGUGGAUUUGAUGAGACUAGAACUCAUCAUAGAGGGGAAAGUGAAAUUGCACUUGAACAGCGAUACGGACCGCUGCAUCCAAAUUCCGAUGAAAUUGAUAUAAGGAUGAAAAAUAUUGAUCGACUUUGUUCGUUCUUGUUUGACAAUGUAUCGGAGCAACUUUAUCGUUUGAAUGAUGAAACGAUGGAUAUGGUGUUGAGAGCACUUCGUACAACGCAAAAUUCAAUUUCAAACCUGAAUAGUAUGAUGAUACAAAUUAAAGAGGGCGAUCCUGAUGUUGUACAAAAAUUUCAACGGCGCGGUCCAGGCUCACGUUAUGCGCAAUGGUUGCCGUCGUUUGCAAGUAUACCAGAGAGAGUACGCACAGAUUCGACGGGCAGUCGGCAACAACGACGGCAGAUGUAUGAUACAGAAGAUUACGAUGAAGAUACUGUAUAUUAUAGACAUGUACCACUGCGUACCACUACUGAUGAGUAUGAAAAUGUUUAUGUUGUAGACGAAGGUCAGGUUGAAACAGCUGGAGAAGUGGAAACAGGUGAGGAGUAUUAUGAAACUUACUGAUUUUAAUUUUGUUCCGUGCUUUUCAUUUGUUGAUUGGGUUCAUAUUAUUUUAAUUUUUCUUGCACUAUUUUGUCAACUGUUUUGUUUUAGUUUUUUUUGCUGGAAAACACUUUAGGAAUUGAAAUUCCGGAUUUUUUUUCUGAAAUAUAGUGGUGGAAAGAUUAAUGAAGUGGUGGGGGAAAUUUCACUGAAUCG